AUGGGUCGCUUUUACAAAUGUUAUUUAGGAUUGCGUGCAAUAAUAUACAUGUACAUUCUUGGAAUUUUUUACACCAUUGUAGAAUUCCUGUAUGAUAAUUUUAUUCAAAAAGCAUCAAAAAAUGCAUCAGUAAAGAGCAAAUUUUACAGAAGUUUAAAGGAUCCAGUAGCUAUUGUUACUGGUGCUAGUGGUACUAUCGGAGCCAAGCUUGUACAGGAGUUACUUCGACUAGAUUUUAAAGUGAUUUGUAUUUCGAAAGAAGAAUGUCCUACCUGGGGUGAUGAUAAGCUGCUGAGCUAUGCAACAGACCUCACAGAUCUCCAAGCGCCAAAAAAAAUGAGAUAUGAACCUCAUAUUGCCUUGCAUGUAUUGGGACAUGCUGCUUUGAUAGAAACUUUGAAGCCUGUUUUGAAAACGGCUGAUGGUCUUUGUCGAGUCGUUUUUGUAUCGUCCUGCACUGCAUUCGCUGGUCACCUUCAACCCAUCGGGAUCCGUACAGGCGAAACAUUCAGAGAGUACGUUAACGGCUAUUAUGCCUACGCCAAGUCAAAACUUGUGCUAUCUUACUAUGCCGAGCAGCUGGACAAGUAA